AAUUCCUAUUUCGCAAAUACAUGGUAUUUCAUGUCCAAAAGAAAAUUUGCCGCCUAAUAAAAAAGUAACGAAACAUAAUAACAUUGAAGUUAUCUUAUCAAUAAAGUAUGUAAGCAAGACUAUAAAAGUAAGUUGUAAAGAGAGAUGUGGAUAAGGCGUGAACAUUGGAUACACUUACCCAAGUUUGACGAGAUGAGGGUAGCGGCACCCAGUCGCCCCUGGCGUUGUUGGCGGCCACCUGCAGCCGCGUGGGGCCCGCCACAAUGAACCCCGAACAGCAGCAAGAGAAGGAGCAGCAACAGCAGCAGCAGCAGCAACAACAGCAACAACAACAGGAACAACAACAACAGCAACAGCAGCAACAACAACAACAACAUUUUAGUCCGCAACAACAACAGCAAGCUCAACAGCAGCAACAACAACAAGUGCAACAACAACAGCAAGCCCAACAACAGCAACAGCAGCAGCAGCAAGUGCAACAAGCCCAGCUGGUGCAACAAGUGCAAGGCGAUGCCGCAACACUAGCAGCAAUACAACAACAGUAUUUGCAGCAACAACAACCGCAGUUGAGGGUGAUCAGCACUGCUGUUGUGCAGCAAUUGCGGGCGCAAGGAUUAACGGGCAAUGAUCUAUCAGCAGCGAUAGUAAAUGCGGCCAGCACUGUGCCUAAUGGCAUACAGGUGCAGCAACCUCAGGUGAUAUCAAUGCAGCAGCUGCAGUCGCUUCUGGGCGGCGGCGUGGUGUCCGGCUCCGAGGGUGCCACGUACCAGAACGCGCCACAGCAGCUGCUCCAGAUCCACCCCCAGCUCUUGCAGCAACAGGCAGGCAAUGUGUACGGGGGUUGCAUGGUGGGCGGGGUGGCGCCGCUGCAGGCUGUCACCGUGGACGGCCAGGAGGCGCUCUUCAUACCCUCACAUCACGCUCAGAAUUUCUCGGGAAUGGGCCAGAUGAGCUUAGUCAACGGUCAGUUAGUCAGGACGCCCGUGCUGCCGACGGGUUUCCUACAAAACGUCAUGCACCUACCAACAGAGCAACAGGCGACCGUCACCAUCCCCGGUACUAACAUAACCAUCCCGCUCAGCGCACUCGCCGGGAACCAGAUGAUCACUAUACCGGGGACCAACAUAUCCAUCCCCGGCGGUAUACAGAUACCGACGAGCCAGCCCAUUACCAUACCUAGCCCCGUCCAGCUGCCGGUGGCGAGUGUGGCGAACAUGGCCAACAUGGCCAACGUCACCAAUGUCGCCACGGUGGGCAAUGUGGCCAACGCUGGCGUCAGCUUGGCGACCGGGGACGCCAAGAAUGGGGGGAAUGGAAAAGAGAGCAAAUCGCCCGACAGUCCUAACUCGCAAGGCGGGGGCGUGGCCGUGCGCGGCGGCAUGGGCGGCGUGGGCGUGGUGCCCGUGCAGGUGCCCGUGAGCAUGGCCAACGGGCACACGGUGUACCAGACCGUGCACGUGCCGCUGCACGCGCCGCACCUGCAGAUCAUCCCGCAGCUGCAGCAGAUGCAGGCCCAGCCGCAAGUCGCCAACGUGCUGACUCCGUCCGGUCAAAUACAGCAGAUACAGAUCGCGUCGCUUGGCAAUGUGCAGCAGGCUGGUGCCCCCCAGCAGGCCACCGCGACGGCGGGGCCCCCCACCAUCACUCUACAGGUGCCGACGCUGGGCGUGGGCGGGCUGGGCGGCGCGGUUCAGCUGGUCCCAGCGAUGGGCCUGCCCGGGGCGGUGCAGCUCACGCAGAUACCGCAGGCGCAACAGCAGGCACAGCCGCAGCCUCUUAUUGAAACACCAUUUCCAGGACAGCAGAUCCAGCAGGACCCCAACGAGCCGGGCAAGUGGCAAGUGGUCACCGUGAGCGCGGGCAGCACCGCCACCACGGAGUGCGAGGCGGAGAAGCUGCGGCCCACCAGCCCCAACAGCGGCAAGCGGCUCAUGAAGCGCGUGGCGUGCACGUGCCCCAACUGUGACCAGGGGGAGAACCGGCUGGUGGACCGCAAGAAGCAACACCUGUGCCACAUCCCGGGCUGCAACAAGGUGUACGGCAAGACGUCGCACCUACGCGCUCACCUGCGCUGGCACUCCGGGGAGCGGCCCUUCCUCUGCAACUGGCUGUUCUGCGGCAAGAGGUUCACGCGGUCAGAUGAGCUGCAGAGGCACCGGCGCACGCAUACGGGCGAGAAGCGCUUCGAGUGCCCCGAGUGCAGCAAGCGGUUCAUGCGCUCCGACCACCUCGCCAAGCACGUGCGCAUACACACCAAGAACCGGAUCACGGAGGUAGCGACAUCGACGCAGUCCAUGUAUUCGGACUCGGGCGACGACAGCUGCGACGAGAAGAUGAUGCUCACCAUAGAGACCAUGCAGGUGCCUGAGAAUGAGGAGAAACUUGUCAUGAUUAGGCCGGGCCUCAAGAUGGAGCCCGACCAUAUCGACAGCUAGACAAUGAGGUACAUUCCUGACAGUGAUAAAGUGUUAAGUUUAGUGGUGUGCUUACAGAAGAGUGGUCCAGUUGUCAUAGAGCACAGUAUGAUUACAUAUAAUGCUCAUUUCAUCAUUCUUACUUUUGGUUGUUGAUUUCGUUGGGCCUUUACCACACUUGGUUGAGUUGACUGUUGUGUAUAAGACGACACUGAUGCUUUGUGUUGAGGCUUUACAGAAGAAUUGUCCAAUAAUUUUCAAGGCCUAUUACAGUACGAGGUCAAUCGCCUCAUGGAGUGUCGCUGGAGAGCCAGGCUUCAGAUAAUAUUUAUAAAAAACUCAUGUUUUUCAAGCCAGUGUUUAAGUUUAAACUUGAGCAAAUGAUAUAAAGUUGUACCUACAGUGUUAAGUUUAAUGGUGCGAUUUUAGAGAGUUUUAGAUGCGCAACUCUUUAAAAUCGCACUAUUAAUUAAUCUCGUUAGAAAUAAUAUGCUAAGAUGACAAAGAAAAUCGCAAUUACAAACAAAAUCACUAAAAGGAAUAGGAUAAAAUCAAUAUACCAGAAGCCAAGUUUGAACUUGACCAUUUUAUAAUGUCUUUGAUGUAGAAUUACAUAGUGAUAGUGUUAGAUAAUGGUGCAAUUUUCAAGGUACUCUAUAGGAGUUAUGCUUUUAGAGAAAAAGAAAAUCAUGUUUGGAUUCAAACUAUUUACUUUGGCCCUCAGUUUUACUUUAACUAUGCAGAGUCAAUAUAAUAUAAGAGUAUAGUGUUAUGUUUAAUGAUGCAACUAGAAAGUUCUAGAUGCGCGGUCCGGACUAUUUAAAGCACAUAACGUACAGCUCGUGCAGAUUAACUUGGCACCUGGCUCGAAUGAUGUUUUGUACUGUGUAUGGUUGUGGGUAGUCAGGUGUCAAGUUAAUGCGCUCGAAUUAUACUACAAUUUUCAUAUAUUCUUAAUACUGAUAAUGAUAGUCAUUUCGCUUAUUUAUACCCAGUGCAUAUUAACACUUAUGGCCACAUUUUGUUUGUAACAUUGAUUAAAAUACUCCUUCAAACGAAAGUGGACCUUAUAGUUACUAUGUAUAGUGUACUUUACUUUGGAGUAGUUCCAAUGCUUAAAUUUUAAUCAAUGUUUAUAAUUCAAAAAUCAAAAUCAAAAUCAAAAAUCAUUUAUUUCAAGUAGGCUCAGUUUACAAGCACUUUUGACACGUCAGUUGACUAUUUGUAAAGAUUCUACCACCGGUUCGGAAGGCAGGUUCUGCUGAGAAGAUACCGGCAAGAAACUCAACAGUUGCUCUUUUGAAAAAGUCAUACAGUAUUAUAAUUUACAAUUGAUAACAAUUACAAUUUCUUAUAGUUUUAUUUCUUGUGUGAAGGUGGAAGCUGAUCUAAUGGCCUCCAAGCGCUUUUAUCUUUAAGUUUGUACUGUGUAUGGUUGUGGGUAGUCAGGUGUCAAGUUAAUGCGCACGAGUUAUACUAAACUUUUCACAUAUUUGUUUGCAACAUUGAUUAAAAUACUCCUUCAAACGAAAGUGGACCUAAUGGUUAUUAUUUAUAGUUCACAUUACUUUGAAGUAGUUGUAAUGCUUAAAUUUGAAUCAAUGUUUAUAAAUCAGACUAAGUCUUCGUCCGCUAUGGAGCACUAUUCUGUAACUAUGUUUUUCUACUCCCAUUUCGUAAUCUACUCAAUAUUCAUUCAUUGCUACAUUGUCGUUUGGUAUGUCCAUUACCACACAGUUAAACCGUGCUAAAAGGAUUUUUUUUAAUUUUUAAAUAAUUUCAUGUCAUUGGCUACAAAAAUUCAGGCUUCCUGAUAAAAAAUUAAUCUAGGAGGCCACGCCGAUAAAAAAUGAAGGGGGCUAAGCCCAACACCAAUUAUAUAUUUAUUAUUUACCAAGUGUUGUUAAUUCUUUUAUCAUGGUCCUAUAAAAGUAUUGUAUGCCACUGCACGUAAUUAGCGAUAGUAGCACAAAAACACUCGUGCUAAAAUUACAUGACGGUCUUGAAAUCAUCUCAUAAUAAAACAUUGGUACAGAAUAACUCUACAAUGCAAAGGCGUGGGGUACAACUUUGAAGAAUAUGGCUGGUGGGAGGCUUCGGCCGUGGCUAGUGGGGUGUAGAUUGUCUUUCUACUCCCAACAAGUUAGCCCGCUACCAUCUUAGAUCACUUACCAUCAGGUGAGAUUGUAGUCAAGGGCCAACUUGUAAAAAAUAAAAAAAAAAAUAUUUACAACAGAGGUUAAGCCGAUAACCUACAUAUAAAUUAAGAUACACAAAUCACAAUUAAAAAUAUAAUUACAACGUAAGAACUUUUUUCUUUGCGCUUUUAACCAAUUUGUAUAUGAUAGUCACAUCGUAUGUAAUUAAUUACUACUUAUUUUACUUUAUUUUUACUGAUUUUACACACAAAUCACAAUUAAUAAUAUAAUUACGACGUAAGAAUUUUAUUUUCUUUGCGCUUUUUAAACAAUCUGUACAUAAUAGUCACAUCGUAUGUAAUUAAUUACUACUUAUUUUACUUUAUUUGUACUAAUUUUAACCGUUACAGAGAAAGUGAUGGCCAGAACUUUCAUUUAAUAGAAGCUAUUAGUUAGCCAUCAGCAUUCUCUUCAUAUUUGGCGGACUAAUACACUUCAGGCCAACACACCCUUCCAGAAUUCUGAUAGCCUCAAUAGCUUUACGGUAAGAGUGGUCGGACUCCUCACCGAGGGGUGGUGGUUCGAUCCCGCCCCGUUCUAUUGUCGUACCCACUCCUAGCACAGUCUUUCCCGACUAGUUGGAGGGGAAUGAGAAUAUUGGUCUUAUUAUAAAAUAUAUUAUGACAUAUUCUUAAAAAAAAGAAUGGCCCUAUAAGCCUAGGUCCGAGUCUCUUAGUAGAAGUGGCGUGCACUUCAUACCCUAACCAAUGAUUUGUUAAAGCUUAUCCACAGAAUAGUGAGUGAUACAGAAUGAGUAUUUACAAGUCGCUUAGUGAAGCCAUAAAAAAAAAAAACAAACAUCACGCGUGCGUCUCCUUGACUUGUCUCUAAAUGUUGCUAUGAAUCACAUACCUACUUUUUUCAUAUUUUGUAUUUCACUAACAACAAUUACGUAAAUUAAUAUCAUAAUAGACUAAAUCAAAAAAUACUCCAUUUUCUUUUUUUAGGUUUUAUGAACAGUACUUAAAAUAUUUAAAAACAUGAAACGCCAUUUUUCUCGUAUUAAAAGUUACUGAUGCGACGUUUUGUGUCGUACCAACUCGAGAAUGUAUUAGUUUUUGAAUUUGUAUUGGAAUAGCUGCAUCACUGCCGUGUUCCGUGCCCUCUAUCUGCCUAUUAUUCUAUUAUCUGUCUGCUUAUCCAAAGCACAUUUCCCGAGUUUGUUUAAAUGGUCUUACUAGUACAUACCCUGAUCAACAACCUUAUGCACGCCACUGCAGAGGAGACUCCCUUAGAGAGUCGUUCCACCCACAUCUUCAGCCGCUAAGGUUCCACUAAGGAGCCCACGGCACUUAAAAAAAUCUAUAUUUGCCAUAGAGAGUAUGGAGUGACAAAAAUUCAGCUUUUAUUAACUGAUGGAGAUCUGUCUGUGGCUGUCUCUUAGACUACAAAAUAAUCUCCACUAUUCUAUUAUUUAUAUAAAAUGUAAUAAAUCUAUAGUAUACGUGAUAGUCGUUUUACGUUCGAAGAAUCGAAUUUAAGUACUUAUAUUUACUUUUAAUUUGAAUUACAUUCAAUAAAUUAACACAAAUAAUAAUAAUUAAUAUAAUAAUAAUAUUUAUAUUAUAAUUGUAUUAUAAUGGAUGUAUGUAUUUGUAAUUCUAUGGAUGUAAGUUAAGCGUAAAUAAUAAUUAUGUUUAUUCGAAACCGCCUUUAUGUUAAGAUGUUUUUAUAAGUAAUGAGGGUAGAUGUGAAAUAAUAAAUUAUGAUAGGUAAGUAAGUAGUUUUAUAUAUUGUGCUAUAUUAUAGGUCAGAUUUAGGGACAGGUGAUUAGACUUAAAUGUACUUUAUUUUACCCAAGUAACUAUAUUUAGCCCCCAUUCGCACGAGAGCUUUUUUAGCGGACGUUAAAAAAGCGUUCAAAUACAACAAAUGCAUUCCCAAGUAUAUGUUAACGCGACAGCGUUUCGAGCAGUGUUGCAUUAUCAAUUUUGGGCGUUGGUAAUAGACUUUCAUUUAACUUCAUACGACAUUUGAACGAUUUUUUAACGUGCGUUAAAAAAACUCUCGUGCGAAUGAGAGCUUAGUGCCGGUUAUACCAGUUUUGUCACUUGCAAAGACACUCAAAAUUCACAAUUGCAAAGGACUUACUCCCGUCAUCACAUAUACUUAUAGGUUAAAGUAUAAAAUAGAAAAAUAAAUAUAUAUAUAUUUAUAAGAAUAUACCACACGCCAUUAAAUCUUACGGCUAGCUGAACAAAUUUUACACUAAAAUUUUAAAUUGUCUAAUAUUCAUUGUAUUGAUAUAUUUAAAUUGUCAAUAAUACUGCUCUAAUACUGUUACUAUUAUUGUCAAUAUUAAAUUUAUUGACAAUAUUUUUGAGUGCGUGCGGGGAACCUUGAGUUGGGAACCCAAACUUGGGACUUAACAAAAUGUUCAAUUAGCAGAAUGUAUUUCUGCUAAUUGAACAUUUUGUUAAGAUUAAUAAAUGUCCUGCGAUAUGAAAUAUGAUAAUGAAUUUACAGUUUAUUGCACUUGCUGAUAGGUUGGCCACACACGCGCAAUAACUUUGCCAAUAUAUUUGCCAAUAUAUUUGCAAUAUAAUUUAUAUGUGUGUGUAUAUGAGUGUACCGUAAAAUAAAAUUGAGUGUUUUUGUCCAUUUAAUUGUUGUGCAGUCCAAUAAGAAUUAACGUCUAUUAUACCAGUAAGUAAACUAAUCUAGGUUAAAAUAAAAAUACGAGCAUUUUACGAGCACCUUGCAAGCAUAUUUUCACUGAAUUGAAGCGAAAAUUGUCGCAUACAGUGAUUUGUGACAGUAAUUGAUUGAAAUAUGUACUUUAUAUAUUUUUAUGGACUUGCCGUUAUUCAUAGACUCAUACGCAGUUUCUGUACGUGACAGGAAAUAUAGUCUACAUAUACCAAUAGGUACAUAUUUAUUCGAAGAUUUUUGUAUGGGCGGAAGACCUGCCGCCAUUUUGAUUUUAUUUGAAAUUGCUGUCACACGUUGAGACCUGUAAAAAUCACUAGAUGAUUAUAAAUAUAAUAAUUAAGUAUAAAUGUAAAUAUAUCUGUAAUGAUUUUUUUUAUAAACUCGUAUAUUUUGUGUAUAAAAUUACAGUGAUUUUUUUCAUGUCAAAGACUUUGUAUAAGUAAUUUCAAAGUGACGAUUUUAGAUCAUUAGUCAUCGAACCCCAUUAUGUGUAUCUUGUUAUUGUAUAAAUUGAACCCAAGGCCUACUAUUAUUAUAAUUUUAUUAAUUUUCAUAGACCUCGUUCAACUAUACUGAGAGGCACAAUUAUCCGCCCACUUUUAUAUGACACAAGUAUAGUGAAGUGGGCGGAUAAUUGUGCCUCUGAGUAUGUUUGGCUGCGUCUUAGGGUGGAUAGCGAUGUUUGAACCUAAAAUCAUGCCAAACGUUUGUAGAGGCUUGGAGUCAGUGCCAAGCGUGUGCGUCCGGCUUAACGAUUAAUGGAACUGUGUCUGUGUCAUAUUUAACAACAUAAAAAACAAUACACUUCCAAUCUCUCCAACGCUAACAAGCUGCCUAUUUACUCGGAGAACUAUUUGGCCAAGUUGCACUGCGCUAACGAAUAUACAUAUUAAAAAUACGCCGAAGUAAAUUACAUGUUUAUUUAAGUUUUACGAUUAGUGUGAUUUAGAAAUGUAAAUAAAUGUAUAUAUUUCAUUUACGAAGAUGUUAUUUGGUCAGUGAUCAAAAUUAUUUAUAUGUUGUUUUUUGUCGGCCGCGUGGCGCAGUGGGUAGUGAUCCUGCUUUCUGCAUCCACGGCCGUGGGUUCGAUUCCCACAAUUGGAAAAUAUUUGUGUGAUGAGCAUGGGUGUUUUCCAGUGUCUGUGUGUAUUUAUACAUUAUAUAAGUAUUUAUAUGUAGUAUAUAAUUGUAUAUUAAUAUUAUAAUAUCAACUAUCUUAGCACCCAUAACACAAGCUACUCUGUAUGCUUACUUUGGGGCUAGAUAGUGAUGUGUAUUGUUCAAGUAUAUUUAUUUAUUUUUUUAUUUUAUUUUUGUCCAUUAAAGAUAUUGUAACAUUUUGGAAACAUGCCAGUUCAAUUGCGACCUGCGUUACGUUACCUACAUCCAGUGACGGAUCCUGGGAGUGGGUUGGGAGGGGUAAGGUGUUCUAAUUCUGCCUAUUAUUGGAUUGAAAUAUGUAAUAUGAAACAGAGUGGUUGUGAUUUCUUGGUUCGUGGCAUUUAAUAAUUGGAACACCUACACACUGGUCUAUUUACAGCGUUACACGAUACCAGUGAUUAGGCGUCAGUAUGGGUAGUGUGUGGCAAGCUUUAGAAGUGUGCCUUGUGGCAGUUUUCAUACUAUGACUAUCGUGCAGCCGUAAAUGCGAUUUUUCAAGGAACAGUUGUGUAGUAGUGCUACUAGAUGGUGCUGUUUCAAUUCCUUAGAAAUUCGCGUUUACGGUUACGCGAUCAUCACAGUAUGAAAACAUUGAAAACUGCCACUAGGCACACAGGUGAAAUGUUAGUGUGUAGGGGCUUUUAUUUGUAACAUUUAUAGGUUCGUCGCACAUUUGGCUAGACCCUCCGUUGCGCGUUUUUCACAAUCUAAGUAUGGUAUAGCUACCAAUAAUACUUAGUACAUGUAACAUGGGCGUAGCCAGGAUUGUAUCUAGGGGGGGGGGGGGGGGGGGGCAGCUAUACUUAAAUUGAGUAUCUCACAUUACUUAUUGAUACUUACUGUCCGACCAGUUUUUACGGCUGAAAACGAAAACGAAUUUCAGCUUAUGCUACAGUUUCGGUUUCGGCUGUAGUUUAAGUUGAGGUUAGGUUUUCAACAGAAACGAAACGGUUCUCAAUCCACAUCCCGCUCUGCUUCUAUCGCAUAGCUAGGGAGCUUAAGUGACCAACCGCUUUGCUAAGGGGCAGCUGCCCCCCCCCCCCUACUGCCCGUAUACGCCCAUGUAUACCAAUAUUAACUUCAAACCACUGAAAUUUGAAAUAAUGUCGAAAAUGUAUUAUGUGCUGUGUAUCGUAUACAUUUGUCUUAUUAUAUUGAAGACCAAUAUAUGUUAUUUUACUGUCCAAUUAUUUUUAUUAUGUUCAAAGAAAUUGUACGAUUUCUUGUCCUUGUUUUGUUAUUUGUGAUGUCAAUAAAAAAAUCGUUAAAUCCAUAUAGCCAGUACAAAGACUAAAUAUUUCUUGCAAUAUUUUUUUUAUUUAAUUUUGCAAUAAUUUUUGUGGUUUUUGGAAACGGAUUUUUCGAAACAUUUUUUAAUAUGAUUUGUAUGUAUAUUGUUAUGUAAAAAGCACCUGAGAGCGCUCAGUGGGUCCAAGGUAGGCUUGCUAGAGACAAUCUGUAAAAUAUAGUAAAUUGUUGAUUGUACAUUGUAAAAAUGAAACUGUAAAUAAAUAUUGUUGAAACAGUUAAUAAAAACAUUUUAUAUUUUAA